AUGGCGCCGACACCGCGACCUUCCACGUCUCAAACCCCCGCCGCCGUUCAUCAUGCGUCUGUGUGGACCGCUGCUAAGCGAACAUUGCCCAAGUUCAAAAAGAUAACACACCUUGCCGAUGAGGAGGCGUCCUCAAUGCAGCCAUCGCGAUCACCCCCUCGAAAGGAGCUCCCGCCAGACGUGGAUGUAGUAGUCCGAUGGGCGAACGGAGCCGGGCUGCUGGGUGUGGGGACUUCAUAUCGACCCCCCGAUUUGCAGCAGGGUAUUGCACGCGAUUCCGGGUUUGGCCUGGAUGGCCUGUGGCGCUGGCACGAACCUCUCCGUCAACCCGGGCUACUCGACACCACGUCGCCGUAUACUGCCUGGAUCAAGAUCCCAACAUCGAACGAGAGGGAUAAUGGGCUCAUGUACAGACGCGCAGGGAGGUGGGAUUGCGCUAUACAACCCGAGCCCUUUACGGAAGGGCGGAAGAAACGUGGCAUGGGAACCGCGAAUGGGAUGUAUCGCGCCACCGACGAGCUGUACGCGGAUAUGCAGACGCUCCAUAAAGAACUUCAGCAGAAAUGCAACACGGCCACUCAUUUGUUGCGGCGGGCUAUCAAUACUCGUUUGAAAGACGUCAAGAGCACGAGCGUCAUUCGCCGUGUCGCCGACGAUGUGCGAGAGCCAGUUCGGGAGUACUUGGAUGUCGUGCAUGCUUGCGAAUUGCUUCGAUUUGGAUGCCUGUCUACGUUCGAAGAUUUUGAUAUAUGCUUCACAGCCUUUCAGCGUGCAUCUGUGCUCUUGCAGGGCUAUAUCGACUUCGUCCUGGACAUCAUACCCGUAGACAUGGCGACCGGUCAUAUGGACCUAUCCUCAAAAACUCCGAGCGUGUUUCGUCGGGGCGUCAUACUCUCUGGACUUGACAUCAAGACUUAUAUCGGGUUUUUCAAGCGGCUGAGCAUCCCCGUCUGGGUGUACGCGGACCUGGACGAGAUCGACAUUCCCCUGGAUAAGUUUGGUCCAGCUGACUCGCCGCGCUGUGACGUAGCUUUAUGCAAACAACUCAACUCUUUCCGGCAGAAAAUGCUGCCAGUCCGCUGGUACCCGCCACCUCCGGAUUGCACGUGGAGUCUCUUAGAGCCAAUCGCAAGGGGUUAUCUACCGCGUCCGGAUCAAGCGACAUUCAAGCUCGGCGACGAAGUUGAACGCAAGAGAAGAAAGCUAGAUGUAAAUCAAAAGCAUCAGCAGCGGCAUAUCGAUGGAAAGGAUAGGGCUCUGAAGCGGGCUCUGAAGGUUUUUGGCGACUUGGGUCCGUCGCUCGAACGCUACAAAGAACUGACGGCGCGAUCGCCAGCCGCUAGGCGCUACUAUAUCCAUAGGCUCAAGCCCCGCCCUGCGUUCGCGCCGCGAGUUCUGCCGAGAUAUGCAGCUUGCGAGAGCGAAGCUGAUCGUUAUCUUCAUAUCCUCGCGCCCCCUCUUCAGCACCCUGCGGACACCAACCAUCCCGAGUUUUUGAGCAAGGCGGCCGAGGUUUCGCGCGAUGUCCUUGACAAGGCGGUCAAGCAACAGCUCGAACAACGUUCCCUUAAAUCUUUCAUUCCUCCUCUCUGCAUCUUCACUGCGACAGAGAAGUGGGAGAAGACGGUCAUGUACGCUACAAACGCCGUCCGCCUGCUGCCUUCCAUUCUUGAGCGCGUCCCGACUUCACGCACCGAUCCACACGUCAAGCCCCUCAAUACCACAGACUGGAAGGCGGUUCUCUCUAUCAACCACUGGCAAAAGAUCUGUUUGGAUACGCAGAGGCGACAUUACGUCGCCGAAAAGCUGCGUUGCAUGCGCGAGAACCUUGGGAAGGACGAAGUAUGGGACGAGGCGAAGGAGCGAGAUAAGGCGAUGAAGGACCGUAUUCCUUUCGAGGCAUACGAUCACAAGAUGUGGUACAAACACGGCAGCCUGAAGUUCUACGGCCAACAUAUCACCGACAUGAUCACGAAUCCUGACAACCCUACUGUGCCCACGAUCGGCAAGUUAGCGUGCGGAUGUGACGCGACAGAGGAACUCCUUCUCAAAGAUCCCGACCUCGUCACCGCCAUUCUCACCUGGUUUGAACAAUUGCGCCUGAUGCACUGGUUCGCGGAGCUCCUCUCCACCACCCUUUCCGAGGAGGGCGCGCCGUCUAUGCCCGACUUUCGCGCAGGAGCCGAAGCCCAGACCGAGACGGUUAUGUUGAUCAGGAAGUUGGUCCUUCAUCUUCAAUCGGUUGGCAUGGAUGGAUGGCCAGUAGGCCGGGAUGAGCUUUUCGACGAGAACUAUGUUGCUCGCGCGUUGACCACAGUUCUCGCACGAGCCGAUCGGGCAGAGGACGUAGACGGGUUCUGCAAGAGUGAUGAUCAUUGGAUCACCACACCUGUCUUGAAGGAAUUCCAUUACGAGCGCCUGGACAAGACCGAGUUUCAAUUCGCGCUUGAUCAACUUUACACGCGCUACAUCAUCACAUCCUUUGCUGCUAAACAGUGGCCCAUUGAGUUCAAUGAGUUGCUACAUUCGGGGUCUCUCCGCUGUCAGGACUGUCGUGAACGCUCGGCUUCGCUUUCAAACUCGCCGGCGGCUUCGCAAGAUGACGGUUCUGACAGCUCGUCUAUCGACCCGACCGACGAUCUGCAAGAUGCUACGAUGUCGUCCGAUGCGGAAGCGCCAAGUCAACUGGGACUCGAGGAUGGGGAUAUCGAUGGGGAUGAGGAUGAGGAUUGGAGAGACUAUUGCCGGCACUUCUCGGACGACGAGUCAGACCAGUCAGACAUGCAUAACGAUUCGAUGGGUACUCAUGCCGACGUCUAA